CUACUGGCUGGGAUCGUAGGCCUGUCUGUCUACUAUAACAGAGCAAUUAAAGAUUCUGAGAAUGAAAGGAACAAGUUGUUCCAGAGUUUCUCCCUCUAUAAAAUCAACGCAACUGAAGAGAGAGACCAGUUACAGACCAGAUACAACAACCUGACUAAAGAGAAAGGCCAUAUUCAGGCAAAGCUUUUUGUGAUAGAGCAGCAUUGUCAGGAGGGAUGGAUAUACUUUGACUCCAAGUUCUACUUCCUCUCUACUGAGAAGAAAACCUGGGAGAAGAGCAGACAGGACUGUCAGGGGAGAGGAGCAGACCUGGUGAUCAUAAACAGCAGAGAGGAACAGACAUUUGUCUUCAACCUCCACCUGAGAGCCUGGAUUGGUCUAACUGACUCUGUUACUGAGGGAACCUGGAAGUGGGUGGACGACACAUCCCUGACCACAGGGUACUGGGGGUCAGAACAGCCUGAUGAUUAUGAAGGGCAAGAGGACUGUGUUGAGAUAUACUAUGGACAAGAUAACCCUGUAAAGACAUGGAAUGAUGACAAAUGUGGCACAAAUCACAACUGGAUCUGUGAGAAAGUGGUGUAACAAUAACCUACUGUAACAAACAGUCUCUCUCGCUCUGUUAUUGUUAUUAUUAUGUUGAUGGUUGAAUACAGUACUUAAUGGUUAAGUGGUGAUUCCACCUGGUGGUUAAGGUGAGAGAUGAACUCACCAUAGAMGAGAAAAAGUUGUAUUACAGAGUUGCCUACGGGCUCUUUUUCAAUUAGACCUUACUCGAUUCCUCCUCACAUCCUCUCUCUUUGACUCCUUCUCCAAACACAUUGGAGAAUAGAAUCCUAGGGGAGGGACCUUGGACCUUCUCCUCUAAUAGGGUUGAGAUAGAAGGAGAGGAGAUAGGAGAGGAAUCUAGGAAAGACUAUUUGAGAUAGAGCUUAGUGUCAGAGAGACAUAGAGGAGGAAGAAUAAAUUAAGAGAGUGAAAA